GAACCCCGCACUGACAGAGACGGGGUCCGGGGUGUCGAACCGGAGGCCCCUUGACCCAAUUGGUGAAGAUCACUUUAGAAUCUUAGAUAACCUUCUUCACAAACAUUUGCACUCAUCUUCAGUGAUGUGAUCCAUGCCUUGAGGGAUCUGUCAGCUCUGUUUAUCGGAUUGAGACCAUAUAAGGAAUAUCCUGUGCGCCGUAUUUACAAGUGCCUGCUGUAUAAGGUGUUGGCAAGAUAUCUCUCAUGAACCAUUGUAUUCCAUCUUUCCCUCGCAGGGAAUAUGGAUGUGGAAGCAGAAUCUUUAACAAGAAUUCCCAAAAUGGCCAGGGGACAUUUCAGAAAAUAGAACAGAAAUUUAUCUCGUCGUGCAAUUUUACAUGAAAAAUAAUGAAAACUUGUUUUCGGUCUCCCUACCACGGCGCCCACAUUAAUGACAGAAGUCAUACGUAAUAAUGAGAAAAAGUAUCACCAUUCAGUUAACAGUUCCUGGGCUCAGGGAGAGCUGAUUUAAGGAAUGAUGGGAUACCCGGAAGGUGAAGAUUUCCUGCUGGGCGAUGAGAAGAAGCUAAGAGAUGGCCAUACCAGGAUGAGACUGCCUUGCCAGGACAAUGCCCUCUGGGAUGUGACUACCUCGCCAAGAGACCGCCUCUGUGCGAUGAGACCACCACCCUGGGAGACAGCAUUGUGAGCUGUUGGAAGCCAUCUUGUCACCGGGCCAGGAGAAGCCUUCCAAUGAAGCCUCGAAAAUAAGAUCGGCUGUUGGAGCCGCAACCGGUGGCAACAUGGCAGCUGUGCAUUUGAAGCCAAGCUGUUUCCUCUUUCUCUGCCUCUUCUUCCAGGAUGCCCUGCGUGCCUGUACAACUGGGCUUGCCAGCGAGUGCCGCGAUGCCAACUUUGUGCCAGGGGCCCAGUUGGCGGGUUUGGGCUACGACGUGGUGACCCUGCAGCCCAAGGGCGCCUUUGUAAUUGACGUGAACACCUGGCGAUUCGCCAAUGGGAGCUGCACCCUCUGCCACAAUGAGCAUCUCGGUAAUGUGCGCCAGCGGCUGCCCAUCUCACUGGUGGACUGGCGCACCCUGAGCUCCUGCCAGCGCUCGCUCUCCAGCCAAUUCUACCGCUCAGCUGACAUGCUGGCACAGUCAGCCACCUCUGCCAUCACCAAUGACUGGCGGGUGGACCUGCAUCUCAAUGCAGCCAAUCUGGUGCUGGCCGGCUCCAAGUCCAAGCUGGUGAGUUUUGGCACCUCCCGCUCCAAGAGCGACCGCUACAGUUUCACCAGUCACCAGUUCCAGUGCCGCUACUACCAGUAUCGGGUGAAGGACAAGCCCCUCCUGGCACCUGAGUUUGCCCGCUCCCUCUCCAGCCUCCCUCCCAAUGGCAAGAAGUACCAGUACAGGAAGCUGGUGGCCACCUAUGGCACCCACUACGUCAUGUCGGUGGAGCUGGGCGGGCACUUUAAGGAUGUGACGGCUAUUCGGACAUGUGAGACGGCAUCUGAGGGCUACACCAUUGAGGAGGUGAAGGACUGCCUGUCGAUAGAGGCCGGUUUGACGGCGCAGCUGAGGGCAAAGGCUUCAGUGAGGAACGAGAAUUGCCAGAAAAUGGCGCGUGCUAUGAAGCACGGUGACAAGGUCUACCAGGCCUUCAAUGACCGGGAAACGGAGUUGACGGGGGGUAAGGUCCAGCAGGGGGCAGACCUUUUCUUCUCCAGGGACAGUUCAGCCUUCUCCGGCUGGAUGAACAGUCUGACCUCUCACCCAGGCACGGUGCGUUAUGACCUGGUGCCUCUUCACCACAUGCUUCCCAUGAGUGACCCCAAGCGAAAGAACCUGCAGCGCUACAUCAGCGACUACAUUGUGCACAAUGCCCUCUCCAAGCAAUGCAGGGUGGGUGCCACAUGCCCCCAUGGGUCCUACCGCAACCCCUACCAACCUUGCAACUGCGUGUGCCGCGAGGAUAAUCAGGUGGACCGGAAUUGUUGCUCCAAGCAGAAGGGGCUGGGCCACCUGGUGGUGACUGUCAAGGAGGGCCGGGACCUCUGGGGGGACAUUUUCUCGGGCACCGAUGGCUACGUGGUGGUCAGAUAUGACCGAAGGGAGGCCAGGACCAAUGUGAUCUGGAACAACAACAAUCCCCGGUGGAACACCAAAUUGGACCUGGGCAAGGUCAGAGUCAGCGAUGAGCACAAGCUGACCAUCGAGGUUUGGGACGAGGAUGCCAUCAAAAGAAACGAUCUCCUGGGGAAAUGUGAGGUCAGACUGACCUCUGGCACCCACAGGGAGGUCUGCUACCUCCGGUAUGGCAAGGUGACCUACGAUUACACCUUCACCUGUGGCCCGCACCUGGGCGGUGCCAUCUGCCAAUCCUAUGUGCCCCUCCCUGGCAGCAUGGCCUUCACCCCUUACGUGGGCACCACCAACCACACCGUCCAUCUCAACACAGUCAAACUCAAUCGCUCUGAACCAUCAUUCCCAGUGGUCUACUUCCCCUAACCCUUGCUCAGACACUGUCAUGGCUAUAUCAUAGCAGUAUUAUGCCCCUCAUUUAAUAUGGGAGGCUUUGUGCCAUUAAAAUGAAAUGCUUUGAAGCUUUGUCCAAACACGCAAGCAGUGUAGCACACCGUGAUGUGAAGUGCCAACUAUAAAGACCAUGCUCGUUUCUGUAUGCAUUUUUAUAAUCUUACAUUUUUUCAAUAAAUUCAUCUCUUUUGGCAUUUA